AUGAAGUUGUUGGAAAACUCCAGUUUUGAAGCCAUCAACUCCCAGUUGACAGUGGAAACGGGAGACGCGCACAUUAUUGGCAGAAUAGAGAGCUAUUCGUGCAAGAUGGCUGGGGACGACAAGCACCUCUUCAAGCAGUUUUGCCAGGAGGGUCAGCCACACGUCCUGGAGGCUCUCUCACCGCCCCAGACCACCGGCAUCAGCCCUAACCGGCUCAGCAAGAGCCAGAGUGGAGACGAAGAGGGUCCCCUCAGUGACAAGUGCAGCCGAAAGACCCUCUUCUACCUGAUUGCCACCCUGAACGAAUCUUUCCGCCCGGACUACGACUUCAGCGCGGCCAAGAGCCACGAGUUCAGCCGGGAGCCCAGCCUCAACUGGGUGGCGAAUGCCGUGAACUGCAGCCUCUUUUCCGCCGUCCGGGAAGAUUUCACCGCCCUGAAGCCUCACCUGUGGGACGCGGUGGACCAGGAGAUCUGCCUCUCCGAGUGCGACAUCUACAGCUACAACCCGGACCUGGACUCGGACCCCUUUGGGGAGGAGGGCAGCCUGUGGUCCUUCAACUACUUCUUCUACAACAAGCGCUUGAAGCGGAUCGUCUUCUUCACCUGUCGCUCCAUCAGCGGCUCCACCUACCCUCACUCCGAGGCUGGGAACGAGUUGAACAUGGACCUCAGUGAGGACGAUGCCGAGGAGACAGCCGGCAGCUACGACAGGGAUGGGGGCAGCAUUGAGGCGGAGAAGAGGCAGGUGGUCUGCAUGUGA